CCGGAGGGGCCUGAAAGGACGGGGGCGGAGCCGCGGCCCCCAGCUCGCGCUCGGCGGGGCCCCGCGCCCCAGGCCCCCCGGCCCCGAGCCUGCGCCGGCCGAUAGCCAGGGCGGGCCCUUAUCGGGCUCCCCGUGCGCCUUCCGGAACAGGCCGGCGCGGCGCGGGGAGCGCGGGAGCAGCUGCCCAUGGGUCGCACGGUGGUCGUGCUGGGCGGGGGCAUCAGCGGCCUGGCCACCUGCUACCACCUGAGCCGCGCGCCGCGCCCCCCGAAGGUGGUCCUGCUGGAGGCCAGCGAGCGCGUGGGAGGCUGGAUCCGCUCGGUCCGAGGCCCGGGCGGCGCCGUGUUCGAGCUGGGCCCGCGCGGGAUCCGGCCGGCGGGGCCCCUGGGAGCGCGGACCCUGCAGCUGGUGUCCGAGCUGGGCCUGGACGCCGAGGUGCUGCCCGUUCGGGGGGACCACCCCGCCGCCCGCAACAGGUUCCUGUACGUGGGGGGCGCCCUGCACCCGCUGCCCUCGGGCCUCAGGGGCCUGCUGCGCCCGUGCCCGCCCUUCUCCCGCGCGCUGCUCUGGGCCGGGCUCCGGGAACUGUCCGCGCCGCCCAGCGAGGCCCCCGAUGAGACCGUGCACAGCUUCACCGAGCGCCGCCUCGGACCCGAGGUGGCCGCCCUGGCCAUGGACAGCCUGUGCCGUGGGGUCUUUGCCGGGGACAGCCGGCAGCUCAGCGUCCGGUCCUGCUUUCCCAGCGUGUACCAAGCCGAGCGGACCCACCGCUCCGUGCUCCUGGGGCUGCUGAUGAAGGCCGAGCAGAGCCCCCAGCUCGAGUCCCCGCUGGCCCGCCAGGCACGGGCUGAGCGCUGGAGCCAGUGGUCACUGCGUGGGGGGCUGGACACGCUGCCCCGGGCGCUGGACGCCUACCUGAGUGACCGGGGGGUUCAGAUCCUCCGCGGGCAGCCGGUCCGCGCGCUCAGUCUCCAGGCCGGGGGACGCUGGAAGGUGGCCCUCGGGGACAGCAGCCUGGACGCCGACCACGUGGUCAGCGCUCUCCCGGCAGCAGACCUCAGCCCGCUGCUGCCUGCCCAGGCAGGGCCCCUCGCUGCCAUCCUGGCCACCAUCCGCGCCGUGUCGGUGGCCGUGGUGAACCUGCAGUACCGGGAUGCCCAGCUGCCCGUGCAGGGGUUCGGACAUCUGGUGCCUUCGUCUGAGGACCCCGGCGUGCUGGGAAUCGUGUACGAUUCAGUGGCGUUUCCCGAGCAGGACGGGAGCCCCCCUGGGCUGCGCGUGACGGUGAUGCUGGGAGGGUCCUGGAUGCCCUCCGGGGGGCCGAUGCCCUCCCUGGAGCUGCUCCAGCAGCAGGCCCAGAAGGCCGCCUCCCAGCAGCUGGGGCUCACGGGACCCCCAAGCCACUGUCUGGUGCAUCUGCACAGGGACUGCAUCCCGCAGUACACCCUGGGCCACUGGCAGAAGCUGGAAGCCGCGGCUCAGUUCCUGGCCACCCAGAAGCUGCCCCUGAGUCUGGCCGGAGCCUCCUUCCAGGGAGUGGCCGUCAACGAGUGCAUAGAGAGUGGACGCCUGGCUGCGGCCCGUGCGCUGGGCAGCCCCCCUGAGCCCUGAGCCCCCCAGCAGUGGAGGGGA